GCUUCCGUUAGACUCCGGCACACCUUUUUAUCUCUGCUCUUUCGACCCAGUAUCUUGAGAUGCUCACAAGGGCACUGCACUUCCUACAUCCUGCCGCCAUGGCGAAGACUAUCAACCCGCUCGAAAUUACUGUGCUCGAACUUCAGAAUGGCCUGAGUAAUGGUGAUUACGACAGUGUUCAAGUUGUACAGGUACAUCUAGACCAGAUCAACAAACAUAAUGAGCGGCUUCGUGGCGUCAUCCAAACAGCACCCACAGAGAUUCUGUUUGCAGCCGCCCGAGCUCUAGACCAAGAGCUGUUGGUCAAAGACAAUAUAAAUACUCACCCAUCUUUGGGAAUGGGCACUACUGGCGGUUCAUUCGCUCUUCUCCAUGCGAAACCAAACGCAAAUGCCGCGGUGGUCGAAAACCUUCUGGAAGCUGGUGCGAUCAUCAUCGGAAAGGCCAACCUAUCCGAAUUAGCCUGUUUCAAGGGAGACAAACUUUGGUGUGGCUGGUCCGCUAUUGGUGGUCAAGGUCAAAGUCCAUAUGUUGAAGGUGGCCUCGACCCGAAGGACAACUUUGGUGGUCAUAGUAACCCCGGCGGAUCAUCCUCUGGAUCUGCAAUCUCUGUCGCGGCAGGGUUUGCCCCGAUUUCCGUGGGUACGGAAACGUCCGGCAGCCUCUCCAUGCCUGCAAAUAGGGCUGCUUUGUUUACGAUGAAGUCAACUCUGGGCCUUAUUCCAUCAGAGGGUAUCAUGCCUGCAUGCAGCUAUUUGGACUCAGCUGGCCCGAUGGCAAAGACUGCGUUGGACUUUGCCUACCUUCUUCAGGCCAUGAUAGGCAAAGGCUCGAAGGACUAUGCGGCUGCUGCAACUGCCCGUUGGGAUGGUAUCAGAAUUGGUGCUGUUGAUAGCGUUGAUUGGCCCAUGUCCACUUCUCAAGCUGCUUAUGAGGAGGCCUUUGUGACACAACAGCGAGGAGAGAUUGGGGCUGUAUACGAGAAGCUAAAAGAACUUGGUGUUGUGAUCAAGCAUCCAGUUUCCCUGAUCGGGAUCAAAGAGUUUGACGCAGACGGACCAAAUCCUAUGGGUGGCCUUAUGCUCAACAACAUUCAGCAGAACAUUGAUGACUACCUUGCGGACCUGGAAAUCUCCCCUGUUCGGACCAUGAAGGAAAUUGUUGAGUUCAAUCGACGUUACUCUCUUGUUGAACUUCCUCCCGACUACCCGAGCCAGGCUUAUCUUGAGUCAGCUCUUGAAGCCAAAGGAUGGACUAAAGAAGAAUCUGAAGCAGCGAUCCAGAAAAUGCAUGGCAUAGCUCGCGAGAGAGGAGUCGAUCAUACGCUCCGGGAAAAUGAUAUCAAUGUGAUCAUUGGUCCCUGUGACAGUAGACUUGAUGCAAUUGUCACUGGAUCUGGAUAUCCUUGCGUGACCCUCCCACUGUCUUACUAUAAACGAAACGGUCGUCCUUUUGGACUUAUUGCUAUCGCUACAGCGGGUGAAGAAGCUCUCCUUGUCCAACUUAUGAGCGCCUGGGAGGCUACCUUUCCCAAGAGACAAAGCCCCAAAUUGUGAACUGUCAAUGGUCAUCCAUUUUGGUGCAUGUCAUUUAGGUGGUUGAAUCGAGUCGAGGUUUGUGUGCUUUAGAGCUCACCGGCCUGACAAAAAUGAAAGCAAUAUCAAUCCGUUUAAGCCUGCUAGUAAUAGUUUAAAUGAUGAAAGGUUUGUGUUGUUUUAGUACACCACGGUUUAUUGUAGUGUUAGAUCAUUAAAGCG